GGAGGAGAAGAAGAAGAAGAAGAAGAAGAAGAAGAAGAGAAGAACGAAGAAGGUGCACGAGUCGAGAUAAAAAGAAGAGAAUAUCAAAAACGAGGACCAUAAGGGGUCCGAGAUGGAAGAUGGUAAAGAAAAAGGAGAAGAGAGAAAAAGAAAGGGGGAGAAAAUAAGUUCCUCUUGCUAUUUUAACUCACUAGGAUAAUGUAUCCCCCUGUAAAUGCGGUUGUUUUUUGUUGAACUCGCCAUAAUGAAAAAGAAAAAAAAAAAGAGCAUAUGCGAGUUUAGUGGUUGUGUAAAAGGAUACCCGGAGGAAUCAUUUUUCAGCACCCUUCGUUUCUUCUUACUCGGGCUUGUUUCAUCAACGAUCGUACGAAACGCAAGUAGCCAGUCCUCUACAUCCUCGUCGUGUCUAUCUAUGUUCUCUUCUUCGUGGGAUUCCAGAAGCUCUUUAGAGUAGAUCGUAGGCGCCAGUCGACGAGGACGUUCGUGCACGCGAGUACCACGACGAAGAGCAACGACGGAGACGGCGAUGGUGUUUCUCCGUAAAUGAAGAAGAGGAGCAUCUUCCUUCUCUUUUCUUCCUCUUCUUCUUCUUCUUUCCUUCCUUCUAUUCUUUUCCUUCUCUUCUUGUUCUUUUUUUCCCCCUUUCUUCGUCUCUGGAGUCAGCGUAAUGCCUGGACGGCUAUGCGACGCUGCUGUUGGCCGAGGUAACGCGGCCGAGGGCAACCUUCGGCCGUUCUCAGACAGGGCCGAGGAUUGAAGGAAAAAGAAGAGGGAGCCGCCGGGAGAGUUGGAACGGGUUCUCUCCUCCGGGCCGGGUGCGCAGUCCAGUCGAAGACUCACGAUGAUAGUGAACGCCCGAUGAAGAAUCUUCCCCCCGUCCAACAGAACGAAGAGACAGUCCGCGACUGCCCCGUCGAACUCGAGCGCCCCAGUUGGUCGAUUUCAUUAACGAAACACAGAGCUAGAGAUUCGAUCCGAUCGAUUUCUCGUUAUUACGACAACAACAGUAGCAGUAGCAGCGGCAAUGACAACGACUAAAGCAACGAGAAAUGUUAGCGGCAAAACGAAGAUGAUACCACCGGACGGGGGGUGGGGUUGGGUCGUAUUGACCUCAGCCCUUACUGUCAACUUCCUCAUCCCUGGAACCGUCAAAUCCUUCGGAGUUCUCUUCGUCGAAUUCCUUCACGUUUUCAAGGCAUCGCCAACAGCAGCCUCGUGGAUGCCGGCUCUCUGCUAUUUUCUCUACAACUCUUUGGGUCCUCUGUCGAGUGUUCUCUCCACCAAGUAUUCUUACAAAACCGUGACAUUAAUCGGUGGCACCUUUGCCGCUACUGGAAUGAUGCUCAGCUAUUUUGCUAAUUCGGUUUCUUAUCUCUACGUUAGUUACGGUCUAAUGGUUGGAAUCGGCGCUGGUUUAUCCUUUCCACCAACGAUUUACAUCGUCACAGCAUAUUUCCAGAGACUACGUGGUUUUGCCAACGGUCUCUGCAUUUCCGGGAGUGCGAUCGGGACUAUAGUGUUACCACCGCUUCUUCAGUAUCUUCUUGACUGUUUUGGAUAUAGAGGUGCGGUGCUUAUUAUGGGUGCUUUAACAUUGAACACGCUCGUUUGUGCGUUGCUUUAUCAUCCCGUCGAACAACAUAUGAUAGCCGUUCCCAUAGAGGAAGGAAUCGAUAACGAAGCUCUAAGCCUGGACGAACCGAUCGAGGAGAAACGUCAAUCGAUCGAUCCGGCGAAAUUGAAUUCGAUUGUUCAGGACGAGAAGAACGAGAAAAUUGAAAGUACGACGAAGCAGGUGCAAAAUUUAACGGAACUAUUGAAUUAUUCGAAACUUACUACGUCCAAAGAAGAAGGAUUCGAGAAAUUGACAAAGUCGAACGAAGAGGAGGAGCAAGAUCAAUGGAUCGUUAAGGAUCAAAUCAUGGAUAUUGGCAGCGAAGAGGACAACGAAAAAAGGGAUCUUCGAGAUAAAUCCGACGAAGAAAACGUUAAAGAGACUUCGAGUACGAGCGAUAGAAAUCUAGUUGAUAAAAAACAAUUCGUCACUAAUGAACCGUUCAAUUCCUGUCAAAUCAGCACAAUGUCGGAUAACGGAUCGAACGUACUAGGAAUAUCGAUAAAGAUGCAUCUCCAAGAGGACAACGAAUCCGUGAAAGUGGACAAGCCCGUGCCAGUAGAAAUCUCAACGUCAAAGUCAUCGAAGUCGGAGACUUCAUCGACUAAGGGGGAAAGCUCGAAAAAAGUCCAUCUAUCUUUUGAUUUCAGCAUGCUGAAAGAUCCGAUCUACCUGGUCAUUUUAAUUUCAAACUCGACAUCAGCGAUCAGCAAUACAAACUUUAUGAUUCAUUUGCCAUCCUACGCAAACUCUCAAGGCUUCGAUCAAAAUUCAUCGGCUCUUUUGUUAUCCAUUGUUUCAGCUCUUGAUCUUAUCGGUAGAAUCAGUGGUGCUUCUUUAUCCGAUAUAGACUUUGUACCGAAGUAUUAUUACUUCGUCGGUGGCCUUGGCACCAGCGGGAUAGCUCUGGCGCUACUACCGAUGGCCGACAGUUACGGGAUGCUUUCCUUCUUCUGUGCACUAUUUGGUCUUUCUUCCGGCAUGUACAUCGGCAUCACAACCGUUAUCCUAGCUGACAUGCUUGGUACCGAGAAACUCAGUUCCUCUUAUGGAAUCUCGCUCUUUGUUAACGGUGUCCUCCAACUCGUCGGACCACCGGUUUGCGGUGUUAUCUUCGAACACGUCGGAUCUUAUAAACCUAUUUUCUUGGCAUUCGGUAUAAUACUUAUACUGGGUACCGCUCUUUGGGCCAUCGUGCCUCUAAUCAAAAGGAACAGUAAAAAGAAGAUCGAAGAGGUAUAACGAUAUAGAAGUGUAAUUACGAACUAGCCCUCACGAAUGAGAAAUUUCUUUACUCGUUCGUGUAAUUUUUGUGAUGACAUCAUUCCAAGGAAAGUAUACAAAAUAUUCGUAGAUAAAAAUGCAGGGACUACGUAAGCGUAAUAUUACAAUACUUAUAGAUAACUCAUGAGUUUCUGAAGUAUUUCACUCUCGAUUGUAAGAGAAGUGAGAAUGCUUGUGACCAGUAUUUAGCGAUUAGGAUCACAUCACGAAUCGUUCUUCGUUAAUAAUACGAUCGAUUUCUUUUUUAACAAUCGUUAGAGUCAUUGAUCAUUAAGUGGUAGAUUGCCGUCUAAAGUGACAAAAACACUUUUGUAAGACCAAUGUUAGUGUAUAUGUUUUUCCAAAUACAAGAUUUUAUCAGGCGGAUCGUCGAUGAAUUAUCGUUUGUCGUUCAUAAUACUAUUAUGAGAUUUUAUCAUUGAAAAUGCGUCGCGCCGAUUUCUUGUUCUGUAUUCUGGCAUUAGUAGUAUCUAUAUUCGUAGUAUCUCUACUCUAAUUGAUUAGUCAUGUUUUUUUUUCUUUUUUUUUUUUUUUUUUUAACAGACACUACUGGAAUGUUUUAUUAUUAGAAAUGAAUUUCUUAGCUAUAACAUAGGUGGCAUGAAUUUUCAUAGCUCACGAAGAUAAAUGUCGAUCAUUGGAUCGAGAUCGAGAAUUUUAAUUAAAUCAAGCUGAUAAGACGUUACUUUAAAUGAAUAUUUGAUAAAAGGCCGUUAAAAGAAAAAAAAAAGAGUAUUAAAUCUCCAGUUAAAAAUACUCAGAGUUUAAAUAAACCUAGUUCGCGUUCGACGAUUUUUGCAUUAGCGAUUCACACCGAUGCUCCGGGUUCUCUGGGUAUUCGUACAUAUCUAGUCACGCCUGUGCGAAUGUACAAAAUGCACGCGCGAGCCACUAAAAAUAUUUUUCAUAUUAUUGCGAAAGGAGGAAAAUAAGAAGAAGAAAAAACAUCGUGAUGCGUGAAAACGCGUGGGAGAAGCGUUUGUUUAAAGAAGGUAUAACGUUCGUGGGCUCGACUCUGUGAGUGCUGAAGCUACAAGGGGCGUGUUGUCAUAAAUAGUUCUUCGCACUUGGAUUGCUCGGUUAUCCAAUAAAAGAGCAUCCAAGGAGAUAUUGUAUGUUUAUAAUAGCGGUAUGUGACAAAAGACGAAAGAAAGAAAGAAAGAGAGAGAGAGAGAGAGAGAGAGAGAGAGAGAGAGAGAGAGAGAGAGAUUCUGCGUUCGAAUAAUCUAGUAAUUCAUUAAUUAUUCCUUUCUUCACGAAGCGCUUAUCUAUCUUGCUUUAAUUAUUAUUAGACACGCGGUUGCCAUCUCAAUUAUUAGAAAUAGAAUAAUUUUUCUUUUGUAAUAAAAGAAAGGAAGUGUGUCGAGCUUUAAGAGAAAGAAAGAAAAAGUGAGAAAGUAAGA